UAGAGGCUCGUGCUGCACAGACCCGCCCCUCGGCUGAGCGGGACACUACAGGAACAAGCUCCGAGUCCAACUUCUAACAUUAAUCGCAUUUUGUAUUUGUAUUUGCAGAUGCUAUAAAGUUGAUCGACUUCAUGUACACUUUUAUACUGUAGGAAUAACUCAUGCAUACACAAUGACACGAGAGGAGGAGCUGAUACGGAUUGCGAAAAAGCUAGACAAAAUGGUGUCUAGGAAUAACACGGAAGGUGCUCUUGACCUGUUGAGAGAAUUGCAAAAAUUCAGUAUGACUCUUAAGUUGCUUCAGGACACAAGAAUUGGAAUGUCUGUCAAUGGAAUAAGAAAGCACUGCAGAGAUGAGGAUGUCGUCUCCCUUGCGAAGAUUCUUAUCAAAAACUGGAAGAGGCUAUUAGAAUCUGGCCAUUCCCAGAAGGCUGAAAGACCAAAUGAGAUGAAAAAUGGGAGUGGGGCCAGUACACAAUCACUCAGUGGACCCUCUCCAGACACAGAGUCAAGCCCAAAAUCCAGUUUAAACACUCCCAAGAAACCUGUUGAUAAGCACAGAAAAGAGAGAACUGAGGCAGUUUUUAAGAAAGAAAGACAAGAAAGUGACCACAAAAAGGAAAAACACAUCAGUAAUCACACAAAGGAGAGUGAGAGGAUGAACGCUAUGGAUUCAAGUGUAUCCUCCUUUGGUUCACCCUUCCAUCCUCCCAAGUGUUCAUCUAUGGAAGUGAAGAAAGACAGGAGAGAGGCUCCCGAUCCCAAGAGUCCUCCUCAUCUUCAUCUUCACCAUUCUCUUCCUGCUCAUAUUCGUAAACACCAACCUGAAGUGAAGAAAGACAGGAGAGUGACACCAGAAACUUUGACCUCUCAACAUUCUCAGUCUCAUCAUUCCUCUUCUCAUAAAAGGCCAUCUCUAGAGGUUUCUAAAGAGAGAAAAAAGACUCCAGAUCAAAAUGCCCCACUUCCUCCUUUGCCUCUUCAUCUACAUCCUCCUGCUCAGAAACAAUGCGUUUUAGAGAUGAAGAAACCGAGGAAAGAGACUGUGAAUCCUGAUGCCCCUCUUCCUCCUCUGCCUCUCCAUCUUCAUCCCCCUACUCUUACAAAGCAUCCUUCAUUAGACAUGCAGAAGGACAAAGAAAAAGAAAGCAAAGACAAAGAAAGAAAAGACAUGCCAGCACCAAAACGAAGUGCACAGCAGCUGAUAUCUGAACAUAAGAAACACAGCAGAGAUCUGGGGGACAGUAAACCAGCCAAAAGACUGUCUACAGACAUGAAGAAAGACAGAAGGGAUUCCUCAGAUUUCAGUCAGCAGUCUCUGAAAAAGCCCAUUAACGAUGCAAAGAAAGAAAGAAAAGACUCCACUGACUCUAAGUCUGGCCAGAGACAGCAGUUAAGUGAUGCCAAACCUACGAGAAGGGACUCUGUUAACUCGAAGUCUGGAAGCUCACCCCUGUCUAAGAAACUCUCGGAGGAAAGGAAAGAAUAUCAUGGCCCUAAGUUGACUCUCCCUGGAGCUAUACAGAGAAAGGUGUCCACAGACAGUAAUGAUGGACGUAAAAGUAAACCUGAGACCCCGAAGACACCCAGCACCCCCACCACCCCCUUGUCCCCUCCCUUUAGCCCUGCUGGUGGUCCUCUCUCCCCUCACCUGCUCACUGGGGAUUCCAUCAGGGACAAAUGCAUUGAAAUGCUGUCAGCCGCACUACGCACAGAUGAUGACUACAAAUAUUAUGGAGCAAACUGUGAUGCCAUGGGAGCUGAAAUUGAGGAUCAUAUCUACCAGGAGAUUAAAGCCACAGAUAUGAAAUAUAAAAACAGAGUACGUAGCCGCAUCAGCAACCUGAAAGAUCCAAAGAAUCCGAAUUUACGCAAGAAUGUCCUGGGAGGAGCUAUUGACCUGAGUCGCAUAGCCACCAUGACUGCGGAGGAAAUGGCCAGUGAUGAACUGAAGCAGCUGAGGAACAUUCUGACUCAGGAAGCCAUCCGCGAGCACCAGAUGGCCAAGACUGGAGGCACAGUUACUGACCUGCUGCAGUGUGGCAAAUGCAGGAAAAAGAACUGCACAUACAACCAGGUGCAAACCCGGAGUGCUGAUGAACCGAUGACCACAUUUGUACUGUGCAAUGAGUGUGGAAACCGCUGGAAGUACACCUGGGUGACUAGGAACAGGAAAUUGUUCCACCAUGACUUCCUGUUUAAAAGGGUAUAAAUAUGAGGUAACACUUCCCUUAUGUCAUUCAUAACAAUGGGUAAGACCAAGGAAUAUAGCUGUGAUGUGAGGCAAAAGGUUGUUGAGCUUCACAAAAUGGGAAGUGGCUAUAAGAAAAUAGCACAAGCAUUGAAAAUACCCAUUUCCACCAUCAGAGCAAUAAUUAAGAAGUUCCAGUCAACUGGAAAUGUUAUGAAUCAACCUGGAAUUGGAGGUGGGUGUAUGUUGUCUCAGUGCGCAGUGAAGAGGAUGGUUCGCGUGGCCAAAAAAUCUCCAAGGAUCAAAGCUGGAGAAUUGCAGAAGUUAGUUAUGUCGUGGGGUUAGAAAUUCUCCAAAACUACAAUCCGAAAUCUCCUACAUCACCACAAGUUGUUUGGAAGAGUUUCAAGAAAAAAGCCUCUACUCUCAUCCAAAAACAACUUGAGCAUCUUCAGUUUGCCAGACACUACUGGAACUUCAAAAUGGGAUCGGGUUCUAUGGUCAGAUAAAACCAAAAUAGAGCUUUUUUUGGCAAUAAACACAAUAAAACCAGUGGUUUUGGUUCACACAGAGAGGUAGCAAUGUGGAAAAGUACUUCAUGUCCACAGUUAAAUAUGGUGGUGGCUCUUUAAUGCUUUGGGGCUGUUUUUCUUCCAGAGGACCUGGACAUUUUGUUAGGAUACAUGGCAUCAGGGACUCUAUCAAAUAUCAACAGAUAGUAAAUGAAAACCUGACUGCCUCUGCCAGAAAGCUUAAAAUGGGCCAUGGUUGGAUCUUCCAGCAGGACUAUGAUCCAAACAUACAUCAAAAUCAACACAGCAAUGGUUUACUGACCGCAAAAUCAAGGUCCUGCCAUGGCAAUCCCAGUCCCCUGACUUGAAACCCAUAGAAAACCUGUGGGGUGAACUGAAGAGGAGAGUCCUCCAGUGUGGCCCUCGAGAUUUGAAGGCUCUAGAGAGAUUGUAUGGAGGAAUGGUCUCAGAUCCCUUACCGUGCAAUCUCCAACCUCAUCAGGCAUUAUAGGAGAAGACUUGGAGCUGUUGGCACCUUGGCAAAGGGAGAUGGCACAGAGUAUUAACUAAAAGGGUGCCAAUAAUUGUUGCACACCUAUAUUUAACAAAGAUCAUUUUUUUGAUAAACCUGUGUUAUGUUUGCAAUUGUUUGAUAUCCAUGAGAGCAGAGUCUUUUUGUGAAUUUUUGAGCAAAAGAUCAAAAGGUUAAACAAUAGACAAUUUUUCACAGCCACCUUUGCACAUAUUUAUCAAUGGUGCCAAUAUUAGUGGAGGACACUGUAAAUAUAAAGUGUUUGGUUUACUGAUUAUCCAUGUCUGUUGUUGA